CGAUGGCAGCUCGAUUGGUACAAUUUAGACGAAUUAAAUGACUCGUUAUAGAGAUUAUUUCCGCUCUUAUCCGAUAACGAAGUAAAAAUGUGUUUUAUAAAUACUGUUUAAGCUGUUCACGCACGCUUCUUACGUGCGUAUUGUGUUAUUAAGAUGUAUAUUCAUUACACCGUAGGAGCCAUUUUUAUUGUAUUUAUUUUGUGCGUUCAUUGUGAUAAUGUAGCCAACGACAACGAAAUCAAGGAGAUUUACGUUCCGUCCGCGCCUCAAAACCUGACAGCCAACAACGUAACUACAGAUGAAGUUCACCUCUCAUGGGCCCCGCCAUUGACCUUCACUCUGCGCACCCUUCCCGACAGAAACCUUGACCUGAAGAGUCAAACUCUAGUCCCUGACCAAGACCAGUCAGCUUCUAACAAGAAGUUAGAGCCACAAGGCGACGAACCAGUCAAUGACGUCUUAAGCCAAGACGCAAUCACUGCAGAAAGACAGAAAGACUUUGAAUACUCCUCCUAUAACUGGUACAAGAACGAUAAACACAAAUAUAAGGACGACUACUCCUCUCACGUCCUUAUCGAUGACUACAGACACAAAAGGGAUGUCCGAACACAUAGGCAUAGAAAAAGAUGGCCGGAAAACGAUACCGACACAAAACUGCACUUCGAGAAAAAUCUUGAAGUGUUAGAAGCUCACCCAGAUGAGCAAAAGGAGGUUGUGAAGAAGUCCUUUGCACAGCCUAAGCAUAGAGAAAAUACACAGGUUGCUUAUGUGCUUUAUUAUGAGCAAGGAGUACCAAGAUAUGACGUGAACAUUGUCAAUGGCACACAGAAUUCGGCCGAUGUGAAAAGAAAGAAUGUUUUCCCAAGUGACUUGGGUAUGGAAGACUAUUCGAGGGCGACGAAGAAUUUGACGCUGCUUAACACUUCCGGGAAGGUGACGAAAGUCGUCGGUUUCCGCCUGAGGAAUUUAAAACCAUUCACACCAUACAAGAUCUGGGUGCGAGCUUUCUACAACUUCUCGCUAGAUGGGGUAAAGUCAUCCGAUUUGUUGGACCGACUUGGCCCCAAAUCGGACCCUCUUUACGUGUUGACAGAUGUCAGACCACCUUCUGCUCCGAUAAUACUGAAUCUGACUUGUGAUCAGACUAAACGUACACUUUACCUCCAAUGGCGGCAACCGUUAGAGUACAACAACUCUUUAGACCAAUACGUGGUGACAUUACGGAAGAUUCCAGAACAACAGCCUCGGACGAGACUCACGCUGCCCACUAACAAGAAUGAUAUUGAAACUACCAUACCUAUUGAAGUGGAUCUAUGGAACGUGACACGGUACGAAGUAAAAGUGUAUGCCGUCACACAGUCAGUUGCCAGAGACAAAUCUUUCAUAAACGGCGAAGAAUCGAACCCGGAGGAGGUGUCGAGCGAAUGGUGUGCCGCCCACUCUGAAGCGAUGUCGCCCAGAGACGUGCCAGAGUCGGAAGGCGUCAGCAACGCCGCGCUGCUGGCCGUCUGCCCGCUGCUAGUGUUCGCUGUGGCAGUCGCCGUCUUGUACUGGAGAUGCAGAGCUCGUUUGAGUAAAUGCAUUAGCGCUGCUUACAAUUACUUGGAGGAAGGAGGCGAGAGGGCAGUGAGGGCGCCACUCAACUCUUACAAAAAGCCAGUCGUAAACUGCUCUCCGCUAGUGUCCUGCGCGUCUGGAGCGGCGGAGGGCGGCGCGGCUGCGGGCGACGCGUGCGGGGAGCGAGCGCGGCCGCCCCGCAUGGCGGGCGCGGGGCAGCCCGCGGUGCCCGCACUCAGCUUCCCCGCGCAUGUCGCUGCUUUACAUGCUGAUGGCGAUAUUGGGUUUAGCAAAGAGUAUGAGAUCGUAGUAGCGAAGUCAGCAGCAUUGGGUCACACUAGUCAUCACAGCCACAGACCAGAAAAUAGACUGAAAAAUAGAUACUUGAACAUCACAGCAUACGACCACUCCCGCGUCUGCGUGUCUGCGGGCGGUCGCUGCGGCGCGGCGGGCUGCGUGGGCGCCGGCGCCGCGCCCGCCCGCGGCGCCUGCGACUACGUCAACGCCAACUUCAUCGACGGCAUGCUGCCGCAGCUGCAGCCGCAUCACGUAGCCAGGAUACGCAGGAAGCUGGAGAGGAGGAAUAGACCCCACAGACAAUCAUCAGUAAAACCAACGAAACCCCCGCCCAAUCUCGCAGAAGGCAUAGAGUCUGCCUUCCUGAACAUCGAGUUCUCCGGCAUCGUGGAGUCUGACGAACAGAACUCGGAUUCUGACAGCGACAGGAGCGAUUCUGACUCCGAUCUCGACGACGUGUAUGUUGAUAUCGAGGGCGUACCAACCCGCGUGAAACUAGAAUGGCUAGUGUGGCGACGACGGUACAUCGCGACCCAGGGCCCCACGCCGGCAACACUGGACGCCUUCUGGCGCAUGAUAUGGCAACAUCGAGUGCAUACUGUGGUCAUGAUCACUAACCUCGUCGAGAGGGGACGGCGUAAAUGCGACAUGUACUGGCCGGCGGGCGGCGCGGGCAGCUCGGCGGAGUUCGGCGGCGUCCGCGUCACGUUGUUACACGAGGACGUCCGCGCCGCCUACACCGUGCGGCACAUGCGGGUGCACUACUGCACCACUGACCCUGAUAGAGGAAGUACACCAAGCAGCGGCGACAGUUCCAGCAGUGGUACAGACGGCAGGACAGUGGUACAGUACCACUACACCGUGUGGCCGGACCACGGUACGCCGCGCCACCCCCUCGCUGUGCUACCCUUCGUGAAGGCGGCCGGGAAACAUUCCUCUACCGUGCUGGUGCAUUGCAGCGCCGGCGUCGGCCGAACAGGCACAUACAUAGUACUAGACGCCCAAUUAAACCAGCUAAAACUGACCGGCACUCUCUCACCCCUGGGCUUCCUCUGCCGCGCCCGAACCCAACGCAACCACCUCGUCCAAACCGAGGAACAAUACGUCUUCGUACACGACGCUCUACUAGAACACGUUCGCUCCGGAGACACAGAAGUAGAAUUCCCUAAAGCACGACAAUAUUUAGCCAAACUGCUCGAACCAAUCUCCGAUGAAGAACUAGCCGUUUUAGACCUAAACCCCCCUAAACAUAAAAGUACCAACGACUUAUCAAAUGGCGUUGAAAAUGGCGAAACUUCAAGCAUUAAAUCCAGUCAAAAUCCUAGCGAAAAAGAAGUACUGGAAAAUGGAAGUCAGAUGUCUAUAAAGACCGAUGAUUUGAACAGUGAACAGAGUAAAUCGGUUAAGGAUUCCGAAGGUACGGAUGAGCCUAAAGAGGGAAUGGUCAAUGGGGAGGAAAAUGAAGGGGUGUAUGAUCUAGCGCCGAGGUCCACUGACACGUAUAGCAAGAAGAUGCAGGCGUAUAAUAAUAUGACUGAUACAGAGAAGGAGGAAUUGAGAAGAGCGAAUCGUGCAGAGAAUUACGCGUUGUUAGAGCGCAUGCGCUCUCUAGCGAACAGACAUCACACGUACCAGGGGCCGCCGCCCGUCAAUUUGCUUGAGAAACAGUUUCUGCUAAUAACCCGUUCGUGCGUGGAAGCCAGCGUGUGUGCGCGGGCGCCGCACAACGCGGACAAGAACCGCCCCGGCGGCAUCCUGCCCUCCGACUCCGCACGCGUCAUGCUGGUGCCCAAGCCGGGGGUCGAAGGUAGCGAAUACGUGAACGCAUCAUGGGUAUGCGGUAGGCGGCGCGUCAGAGAAUAUGCGGUCGCCCAACACCCGGCCACCGGCGCCGACCUGUGGCGUCUACUAUGGGACCAUACGGCGCAGCUGGUGCUACUUCUCUCAGACACCACCGACCCGGAAUGUGAAAUAUUCUGGCCGACGGAAGAAGAGAAAGAACUGUUCGUCGCCAACUUCAGAGCUAGUUUCGUUUCAAAAGAAACAUACGUGGCUCAUCGGAAAGUUGACAGGAAGACCUCUGCUGAAUCUCCCGUCGAACCUGAGACGAAUGGAUACAGGAGGCAAGAGAGUAGCGACUGUGCUGAUGAUGAGCGACUGAUACCAGAGAACGGGUCACCAGUAGCUGAUACCGAACCAGCUUACCGCUUCGACAGAACUGAAUUAAGGCUUGAACGCCUCAGCGCCGGCAACAGAGACCUAUCAGCCAGAAAAUCAAUAGCAAACGGCGACCUAUUCUCCUCUUUAUCAGAAAAGAAAAACGGCCCCAAAUCACCGCGGUCACCCUCAAAAAUGUCCCUCAAAAACUUUAAACUAAGCUCCCCAACUAAGUUCAAGUUCCCCGACUGGGGGAACAGGACUGCCGGGUCGCCUCCCGACACGGCACCACCUCCCCCACCCGUCGCCCCCGCGCUUUCCGUCGAAGAGGAAGCAGAACUCCGUCGCCCUUGUUAUUAUUUCGAGAGAGUGGAUAAAAUACCUGAAGAUAUACCGUUGGACAGAGUGAUAGAAGUUACAAAUGUCAGUGUGCAUUCUUUACAAGAUGACUAUCAGUUAAGUGUUAAGUUUAUUAAGUGCAGUCGGUGGUUGGACGGUGAGACUACUGAUUACGUUCAGGGUAGGCCGGAUGAUAAUGAGUUUGUGAAGGCAGUGAGGCAUGCAGCCAGUGAAAGUGAACGGGAGCAAGCGAUAGACAGGCUUAUAGAGCCUUAUAAGGACUCGUUUGCACUGGUCGAGUAUGUUGCCGGAUGUCAGAUGGAGUAUAAGAAUGGACCGGUCGUUGUUGUUGAUAAAUACGGCGGCUGGAAAGCCAUGAACUUCUGCACCAUGUCAGCGGCCUGCGGCGGGGCCCGGGCUGCCGCUGCCCACGACCCUGGCCUGGCCUACCGCGCCGCCCACGACGAGCGAGCCUCGAUAUACUGCUGGGCGGCGCUGGGUGCUCAUGCGCGGACGGCGCCGGCCGACGCGAGGGCGCAUCACCAUGCUGCGCUGUUGGCGGCGUAUUGUGCGCUAGCGGCGUAUGGUCAGCUGCUCACUAAUACUAAUCAUAGGUAUCCACAAGAAACGCCCGAACAAGAAUCUCGGUAAUACCAUUUCACAUGUAAGUAAAUAAAUACUCAGCGCGUUGUGUGUUCGUCUGUGCCUACCCCGCCGAAUCAUCGUAAACUCGUGAAGCCUACACGAUGAAACUUUCACCAGGAUAGGCCAGUGAAAACAGUGUGAAAGUCUACGAUACACAGCCUUUUUCUGCAAGAAUAUAGUGUAUAUAAAAGGCGUCUGAAAAUUCAAUAGCUAAGACUUUCUGAAGAUCAGUGUUACCUAUACAGUGUCAGAUAACAAAAAUAUGGUGAAAAUAAAAGGUUUCCGAUCAUACCAUAGCUAAGACUUCUAAGUGUUACUCAGUGUCAGAUAAACAAUUUUGGUGUUUCUAAAGCUUCUCCGAAAACAUAAAAGCAUGGUUAGCGUGACAGAAAAGAUAUAACAUUUUGUAUAAUGUUGCAUCAUCUCUUUUCAUCACAACAUAAGACAAAAGCAUGCUUUUUGUUAGAAAGUAAGAAAAGAAAACAGCGUGAUUUUAAAGUUUAUAUCGGGUGCGUCGUUCAUAAUCACAUUAAAUGAAAUCGUUAAUAUACUGGUUAAUAUAUGUCGAUUAACACAAAGAUAAAAGAAAAAUACGUAAAAAUAAAAAAAUGUUAUUUUCAAACAAAGUAAAUGGAAUAAAAAUGUGCAAAAAUUAGAACACCAUAUAAAAGUCAGUCAUCACAAACAACUGAAAUUCUCCCUUGAAAACUGACAGCUGUCAACUGAUGAAAACAUACGAUAUUCCUAACUUUAUCUCUGCUUUACACAUGAUGUUGUAAAUUAUAAAAACGAAAAAUGACUCUUGUGGCUAAACCACUGAAUGGAUUAGGUAAUUCUUUUUACAAUUCGUCAUAGAAUAUCAUAAAGUAUAUGCGAUAUGAUGUGAUUGUGAACGACACACCCGAUAUUUAUGACUGAAUUUUAUAUCAAACUUCAUAUGUAAAUAAAGGGUGACUGGUAAAAAGAGACAUAUACUUUAAUAUGUGAUUCUACUCAUUCUAUUCAUGAUGAUUACAUACAACUUUUUUUAUAUUCUCAUUAGUUAAAUCACAAUAGCAAAACAAUCAAACAAGAAGUUCAAAGUUUGAUACGGCUAUUUAUUUGUGACGGGUAAUUUGUAUUACCAGUAAUUGGUAUUAAAAGGUAAUAUUAAUAACCAGUCAAUUGGUAAUUAGUAUUACUAGUCACCCUAUACCUGAGCCAGUUUCUCUUAGUGAAUUUGACAGAAAAUCCUUUUUAUAGAAUACUUGAGAAAUGUGAAUGUAUUUUACAGUUUAAUCGCUAAAUGAAUGUUUCUUGAUAUGUAAAUUAUGACGAACAAAAGUGAAUCUUUUAUUAAUCAACUUACGGGCUAGUCUUGAUAUUUAAAAUAGACCAUUUGUAUUAAGUUAUGGCGGGUAGGGAUACAUUAAUUAUUUUGUAUUGAUUUUCAAGAUUUACAUGUUUCUAAUCACCACAGUUCUUCGUCCUCAAUCAAAGAUAAAAUAAUAAAUUGAUUAACUUUUUAUUUUAAAUUUGUGUUUACAUACAAAAACAGUAAUUCGUUCCUGAGUGAAUGAAAUAAAGUUAAAAGUCAUGAUAAAUUUAUCCAUCCGCCAUGGCUUAAACCUGAAGUUAUUUCAACACAGUGAUACAAAACAACAGUUAAUCAAUUCUAUACAAAAAACGAAACAAAAUCGUAAACUAUGUAAAAAAUACAAAAAUUAUAAAUAGUAUUAGAGUAGAAAACAUUAUAAUCGUAUUUUAAUAAAUUAUACUCAACAUUGGUGCGUCGAAAUUCCUAUAUAUGUUAUAGAUUUUUUUUUUGUAUAAAAUUGACUAACUGCGCGGAAGCAAUAAAUGACGUCACAUAGGGUUGUUUACUGCGUGCAACGUAAAGUAUCGACUAUCGAUAAGUUAUGGGGAUUACAAACGUAAUGCUUUUCUUAUGAAAUAAGCUGUGGUUGUGUACUCAGAUAUUAGUGAAGGAUUCUAUCGAUAUUUCUAGCCAGUUUUUGUAUGUCGGCCAUGCUUUUUAGGUCUUGGUUGGGUUCAAUUAAAAUUUCAAGUCAACUAAACAGAAAGUGCAUGGAAAUUGUGCUAUUGUAGUAAUUGAAUUUGAUACGCUACUUAUUUUGGCAAGUCCGAAUUUAUCCCAUUGGCUGAGCAUUAGACAUUUUUUAUAAUUAUCUACUGUAUAGCCAAAUGGGGCUAACUUCAGAUUUUUUAAGAUCCGUGGUGCGUCGUAGUGGUCAUGCUAAGUAAGUAAAAGUGAAAAGUAUCCGAAAAUCAAUAUUAACGCUGUAAUGUUUUCAAUAUGAGUAUAGAGGGCCAAAAUUAGAAUCCGUAUACCAGUAUAAAUUCCUUGAUCAAGGAUAACUUAACUAGAGUCAGAAAUGUUAUCAAAUAUACAAAAAAAAAAAAAAAAAAACAGUCAAAAUAUGGUUUAUUA